AUGUCGGAGUCAAUAAAAAGUCCCAGCGCAAAAGUUGAUCCCUUGAGUGAGACAAACUCAAUUGAUAUCCGUUCUCCUUCAGUGGAAAGUGGAUAUGCCGACGAUGUUACCCCAGCUGAGAAAAAGGCUCUAGUACGCAAAAUUGAUAGAAGGAUUGUUCCACCAGUGACUUUACUGUUCUUGCUAUCAUUUUUAGAUAGAUCUAAUAUUGCCAAUGCUAAACUUUUUGGUUUGGUGACUGAUUUACACAUGUCCCAGGAACAAUAUCUAGUGACAUUAUCGGUCUUUUUCGUCGGAUAUUGUUUAUUUGAAAUUCCUUCCAAUAUUAUCCUCAAAAGAACUUCGCCUAAAAUAUGGUUACCACUUCUUAUGGUGUUGUGGGGAAUUGUAGGAACUCUUAUGGCUCUUUCUCAGAGCUAUGGAGGAUUAUUAGCAGCCAGAUUUUGGCUUGGCUGGUGUGAAGCAGGUGUUUUUCCUGGCAUUGUUUUUUACCUCUCUUUAUACUACAAACGUCAAGAUUUACUGACUAGAAUUACUUUGUUCUGGUCGUCCAGUUCUCUAGCAGGUGCUUUCGGUGGUAUUCUGGGAUUCGGUAUUGGUAAGAUGGACGGUAUUGCAGGUAAGCGAGGUUGGUUCUGGAUUUUUGUUAUUGAAUCCUUGGCUACUAUUGUUCUUGCUGUCGUCUGUUAUUUCCUCAUCCAAGAUAUUCCUCAAAAGGCUAAAUUCCUUAAUGAGAGAGACCAGGUUGUUAUUAAAAGUGUUUUGGCCGAGGAGAGUGAUUCGUUGAGAAAUGACUCAUUUAGUUGGAAGGUUGCCAGAGAUACUUUUAAGGAUUACAGAGUAUAUUUGUACACUUUCACAUGGAUGGGUCAAGCAUUACCUUUAUACUCGUUCACUUUGUUUUUCCCAUCGAUUAUUGCUAAUCUUGGUUUUACUGCUGCUCAGGCCCAGCUCAUGACUGUUCCUCCUUAUGUCUCUGCUACCCUUGUGUCAGUUGGAAUUGCUGUAAUUUCUCAGAAGCAUAACCGAAGAGCCCCUUACAUUAUUGGCCUCUCUGCCUUGAGUAUUAUUGGUUAUAUUUUGAUUCUUUCCUGUAAGAAAGUAGGCGUUCAAUACUUGGCUACCUUUUUCAUUGUCACUGGACUAUACUCGGCUUCUGCUCUCAUUUUUACUUGGAUGGCCGCUAAUGUUUCUGGACAAGUUAAACGUGCCGUGGCACAAGCUAUCCAGAUCUCCAUUGGUGAUAUUGGUGCUAUUGUUGGUUGCCAAGUUUAUCGCCCAAAUCAGGCUCCAACUUAUCCUGCCGGUCAUGGAGUCGCUCUUGGCUUUUUGGGUAUGUCAAUUAUUACAACUCUGAUUCUUUGGUACACCCUUGACAGAGAAAACAAGCGAAGAGACGAGAUUACCAAUGGACCUCCUACGGACAAGUCUUUUAUCACAGGUGAUGAUUUCACUGGUGAUGACGAUGUUAGAUGGAGGUAUAUUAAAUAG